AUGAUUUGUGUUCUAUUUAUUUUUCUUUUCGUGUUAUGGGCAUUAUGGUUUGGAAAUACAGAAGCGGAUAACGAUAAGGAACCCGAGAUACAAAUUGGUGCACCAACAGACGUUAAACAUGUCGCGCAUAUUGGUUGUGACGGCCCUUCUUCCAAUGCUCCUAGUUGGAUGAACGACUUUCAAGGUUCAUCAGAUAAUGGUGGAACAUCAGAAUCAAUGAGAACUCCAGAUCGUCAUGGCAAGUCAAAGCAAUCCAAAAAACAAGCUUCUAACCUCUCAGUAAAUUCUUCGGACACAGACACCAAGCCCAGAAAGAACAAAACCUUGAAUAGCGAUAAUGAAAGCCACGGUAGAAGGGCGAAAAACGCGACCGCAGAGUCACCGUCACAAGAAUCAGGGGCAAAAAAGAACCGAAGGAAAAAAAGAACAUCAACUCGAGAUUCAUCUAAUGCUGACUAA